UCAAAAUAUUUUAACACAAAUUGAUAAAAUUAACAUUGAUGAUCAAAAUAUUUCAUCACAAUUUGUUACUCAAGAUACUUUAACACUAAAUGAUUCAAUUAAUUCAAUUGAUACAAUUAAUGAUAAUCAAAAUAAUCUAAUAAAACAUGAUGAUAAUGAUGAUGAUACACUUGAAAAUAAAAGAAAAAAA